AUCACAGAGGAAGCAUACAAGUAGCAUCAAAUGUUUUCUUUUUUCAUCUUCUGCAAUUUAUGUUUUGUUAAUUGGUAAAAUCGUCACCGUACGUGAAAAUAAAUAUUUAUUUUUAAGAAACACUAGGAAGCGUUUUGAUUGCGUUGUAUAAUGCCAGAUGCUUGGGAUGAAAUAAAAGCCGUGAAAAGUAAGCGUCAUACACUGCGAGAAAAGUUGGAGAAACGAAAGAAAGAACGUGCCGGUUUACUAUCUUCGUCACCAAAUAGUGUUGUUGACACAGUUAAGGACUCGCCUAAUCCAACAGGGGAAUUGGAAAACAAUGCUGAAGCAGAGAAGGCGGUAUUGCAGGCGCUCUCCUCCAACACACUUGUGCUUCCCAUCAUUUCAACACAACUAUUGGAAAAAGUCGCUACAUUUUUGGAUAAAGCACCUGCACAGCAUGUAAUCAAUUACACGCUCAACAAAUUGGCUGAGCAAGGUGCAGUUAAUAUUAAGAGUGUUACAAUCGGAAAGGAUGUGGGCUGCGAAGUUAUUUCGGUUGAAACAAACCUAAUUUUAGAUUUGUAUAAGGAAGUGGUGAAUGAUGGAUACAUUGGUAUAAAAGAAGAACUGAAGCGAAAAUUCGAUGCAAAUGAUGCGGAGAACAAGGAUUGUAACCUUAAUAAAUCGACAAAAAUUGAUGCGAAUACGGGACCACAUACGCGUAAAGGAGCGGACGGCAGCAGUGCGGAUGCUUCGGAUGAUAUAAUGUCUCUGCUCUCCAUGCCUUCUACACGCGAGAAGCAAAGUAAACAAGUAGGCGAAGAAAUACUCGAAUUGCUAACAAAACCAACUGCCAAAGAAAGGUCCGUUGCUGAAAAGUUUAAAUCACAUGGCGGUGCACAGGUAAUGGAAUUUUGCCCACAUGGCACCAAGGUAGAGUGCCUCAAAGCGCAGCAAGCCACUGCGGAAAUGGCCUCGAAAAAGAAACGAGAUCGCAAACUCGAAAAUGACUCUCCUAGCAAGCUCAGCUCAGAGGCCGAUGAAUCAAAUCCACAAAGCAAUGUCGAAGAGACAAAUAUAGCUGAUGCAAAUUCAACAUCAGAUAGUAACGGUAACAGUGCAAAAGAAACGGAAAGCGAUAAUAAGGCUAGCGACUCCGGCGCAGAGGAUGGUGAGAUCGUUUCUGAAAAUUUGAAAGAUGUCGAAGCUGAUUCACAACAAUCAACAGACGAAUCAAUAGAAACAUUGGAUACUUGUACGAAAUUGCAUUUUAAGAAAAUCAUACAAUCACAUACUGAUGAAUCACUUGGUGAUUGCAGUUUCCUAAACACAUGCUUCCACAUGGCUACAUGCAAAUAUGUACAUUAUGAGGUUGACACUUUACCCAAUAUCAACACUAAUAAGCCAGUUGAUGUUAAAACCAAACUUUGCAUUAAGCGUAGCAUCGACCCUAGCGUCACAUUAUAUCCGCCACAGUGGAUACAAUGUGAUUUGCGUUAUCUCGACAUGACGGUACUGGGUAAAUUUGCUGUUGUAAUGGCGGAUCCACCUUGGGAUAUACACAUGGAAUUGCCGUAUGGCACAAUGUCGGACGAUGAGAUGCGUCAGUUGGGCGUGCCAGCACUGCAGGACGAUGGACUUAUCUUUUUAUGGGUAACAGGGCGUGCGAUGGAAUUAGGAAGGGAAUGCUUAAAGCUCUGGGGCUACGAACGUGUGGACGAACUCAUUUGGGUGAAAACGAACCAAUUGCAGCGCAUCAUACGCACCGGCCGUACUGGUCAUUGGUUAAAUCACGGAAAAGAACAUUGUCUGGUGGGCAUGAAGGGUAAUCCGAAGAAUCUUAAUCGUGGCCUGGAUUGUGAUGUCAUUGUAGCGGAAGUACGCGCCACUUCACAUAAACCCGAUGAAAUCUACGGCAUAAUUGAACGUCUUAGUCCGGGCACACGCAAAAUUGAGCUUUUCGGUCGCCCACAUAACGUGCAACCAAAUUGGAUUACAUUGGGCAAUCAAUUGGAUGGCAUACGCUUAGUGGAUCCCGAGUUAAUAACACAAUUCCAGAAGAGAUAUCCCGACGGAAAUUGUAUGUCACCACAAGCAGCCGCCGUUACAACUGGUCCAACAGCAAAUUCGACAAGUGCUGUGAAAAAGUGAAAUGCUUGCAAAUUAUCGACUUAGCGUUAAACAUACAUACAUACAU